AUGGCCCCCGAUGAUAGAGGAAUGAGAAACGGGGGAGGAACAAGACAAGCGCUAAAAAAAGGGCCAUGGACAGCAGGAGAGGACGCGAUUUUGAUGGAUUAUGUGAAAAAACAUGGAGAAGGGAAUUGGAACGCGGUUCAAAGGAAUUCAGGAUUGAUGAGAUGUGGAAAAAGUUGUAGGUUAAGAUGGGCUAAUCAUCUUAGACCUCAUCUUAAGAAAGGCGCGUUUACUCCUGAGGAAGAAAGGAUUAUUAUCGACCUUCAUGCUAAACUUGGCAACAAAUGGGCUCGCAUGGCUGCUCAGCUACCUGGAAGGACUGAUAAUGAGAUCAAAAAUUACUGGAACACGAGGCUAAAGAGAAGACAAAGAGCUGGUUUGCCUAUAUACCCUCAAGAAUUACAAUCACAAAACCAACAAGAAAACAAUCAACCUCAAAGCCUUAUUUCUUCACCAUUUGAUCAUCCCCAAAGAGCAACUUAUAACAAUCCUCCCCCUCUUUCCCUUUUGAAUGUUUUCAAUCCUUCAACCAUGAGACCCUCUAUUACACAUCAAUUCCCCCUUAGUAGUAACACCAUUUUUCGCAAUCCUCCUAAAGGCCUUCCCUUGACAUUACCGUCUUCUUUGAGCAAUUCACCUUUUUUGUCAUCUAUGCCUAACAAUAAUUUUGGUCAUACUUUGUCCAAUUUAAUACCAAUGUCGUCAUUUCAACAAAAUUAUCCGAAUUUUAGCUUAACAACAAGGCCAUUUAUGGGGAUUCCUUCGAACCAAAAUGAAUUAAUGUCUGGUAUAGGUAUUAAUUCUAUUAAUUACCCCUCAGGGCCAUCGUUAAUGACUGCAUCGUCUUCUGAGAAUACAUGUAGUGAUUUUGGUUCUAGUGAUGCUAAUAAUUAUGCAAAUGUUGGAUUAUCUCAAGGAAAUAGUGGAUUAUUAGAGGAUUUAUUAAAGGGGGCUCAGAAUUUAUCUCGAUCUACGAAAAAUGAAGAGAAUAAUAAUCUUGAUUUAAAUGAAAAAGGGAAAUCAUUAUGGCAAGACUAUGGUUUAGUGGGAAAUCAUCAAGAUGAAGCCAUUUUAACUGAAGAAUCAGUUUACAGCUUUGCUCAUGGUGGUGAUGUCAACCUGAACAACUCCUCUGAAAGCUCCAGCACUGAUCCCAAUGCAUCUUCAGGGAUAUUCUUGAGAAAGGAAGGUUCAUUACAAGGAAUUAACCAAGUGGAUGAGCAUAUAAUGUGUCUUCUUAAUAAUUAUCCUCUAGAUCAAGAACCAGUUCCAAAUUGGUAUGAUGAAAGUGAUGACAAAAAAAUUAAUUCAAAAAUUGGUGCUGAUGAUCACAAAGCUGAAAGUUUGGUUGAAGAUUCUUCGAAGUCACAAGUGGCAAUAACAACAACAUCAGGGCCAAAACAGCAUGAUUGGGAACUUGGAGGGUGUUGUUGGAACAAUAUGCCUCCUUUUUGUUAG